AUGUAAAAAUAAUAAGUUGAAUAACAAGAUGGUUUUGUGAGUUUUAUGUUGGAAAAAGAUGAUUCUUAAUUAAUUAAUCCUGAAGAAACAUUUCUAAAGUAAAAUAAUAAUUAGGACUAUUAUCUAUAAUUGAGUAGACAGUUUUAUGGUUAAAGAAGAUAAAGUACUUAUGUUACAAUAACAAAUAAGCAAAUAAAUCUGAACAAAUAAAUCCAGCUAUGUUGAAAUAAAAAAUUAUUUAAAGAGCGAUCAUUACCAAUACACAUAGAGGAAAAUUAGCUGCUUCUGUACCGACUGUCAGUGAAUAAUUGCAAAAGGUAUUAGUUUCUUGUAAUUAUCUAUUCCCCUAUUAUAGUAGAUCUAAAUGCUCUUAUCGUCUCGUAAACCUAAAAUGUAAAAUAGUAUCUAAAGUAGCUUUAACAAUAAAUUUACUUUAAACAAAUAUAUUAAAUAAAUAAAAAAUUCUAAUAUAAAUUAGAAUCCUUUUAAGAUAGAGUUACCAAUUGCAAAUAAAAAAAUAAAUAUAUAUGAAUCAAGAACACAUAGAUUAAGAAUAGAAGAUUCUAACACAGACUAAUUGAAUCAAUUUACUUAAAAUUCUCAUAGGAGUACAUUAAAUAGUAGUACAAAAAGCACAGCAAAAUUAGAAAAAAUUUAUGAUAUUUCUUAUCCUAUUAAAACUGAUGCAGAUGACAAUAAAAUAAAUAUAUUCAAGGUUUCUUAUAGAAAUAAAUAAUAAUGA